CAGGUACCGCUAGAGACUAAAAUUUACUGAUCCUCGCUUCCGACUCGCUGUCUAAUCUUAUCAGAUGAAAAUUCUCGCUGUGUGCACGGGUGCGUUAUCCCCUAAAGACGUCGUGUCCCGCUCACUAAGCACGCGCUUGAUCUUAUCAGAUGAGAUUCUCCGUGCGGCCGGAAGGGCCGAACUAGGCUUCUUUAAGAGGAUAUUCGAGAGUUCUUCCAGAGGAAUGAAUAAAAUCUCGCUGGACCCGCCAGGCUGGUGUGGAAACUGAUUUCUACGUUGACUUGAUACACCAAUUGUCGAGAGUAUACCGUGUGCCAUCUGGAAGUCUUCCCUGAUUGUUAUUGUCUGCAGCUUGAAACCAUGGCGACAAUACCUGAAAGCGAUGCCAGCUCCAAUACCGGUACCCUCACACCUGCGCCUCUGCAGUGGAAGAUCAUGGCCAUCCUCCUGAUUACCGCAAUCGGGUUCGGCUCGAACUGGAGCUCAGGCAUCACGGGCGCGAUGAAGAGUACAAUUAAGAAGGAAAUGAAAGUUAACAACACGCAAUUCGCGCUGCUGGAGGCGAGCGAGGAUUUCAUGGUCACCGCAUUGAUGCUGGUCAGCGGACUUGUGACUGAUCGCAUUGGCGGCGCCGGUGCCAUGCUCUACGGCAACGCGAUUUACUCCAUCGGAUCUAUUCUCGUGGCGGGCGCCGCGCAGACGCGCUCAUACAAGUUCAUGAUUGCGGGGCGUGUGUUGCGCGCGCUGGGCGAUAUCGCGACCCAGGUUGCGCAGUACAAGGUGUUCUCGUCCUGGUUUGCUCCAGGAAACGGCUUCGCUUCGACACUGGGGUUUGAGCUGGGUGUGGGCAAAAUUGGGGCGUUCGCGGGGAAAGCAUCAGCGAACAUCAUUGCGAAGCGGACGGGCGACUUUGCGUGGGUGUUCUGGGUCGCCGUGUUCAUGAACUUGUUCACCAAUGUUAUGACGGGGGUAUUCUACUGGUUUACGAAGGUGGCGAACAGGAAGUUUCAUGGAGUAACUGAUCCAGCAACGGGAGAGGUCUUGAAGGAGAAGUCAAAAAAGUUUGAGUUAAAGAAGGCCCUGAACAUGCCGUGGACCUUUUGGUGUAUCAUGGCAUUCUCACUGUUCGAGACGAGCACAGCGUUAGUGUUCUUGCAGAAUGCGACAGAGCUGGCGGAGCAGCGCUUUGAAACGGAUUCAAUUCUUGCGGGUUGGUACUCUGCUACAGCUCAGUAUGCUGGUUUCUUUUUCGUGCCACUCAUUGGAGUCUUUCUAGAUGUAUUUGGACAUCGGAUCUCUGCAUUGGUUUUCUGCGGCAUCGGCGUCUUUACUUCUAUGCUCCUCGUCUGCUUCGCUAAAACAACGAAAGGUACUGCGGCAAGCUUCGGGCUCUUCGCGUUUGCCAAUUGCUUCGGACCAACGACCAUCAUCGAUAGCAUCCGCACAUCUAUGUGGCAUCCCUCUGUCUUCGGUUCUGCAUAUGCUCUGAAGAUCACUAUGAACAACGCGAUGAAUAUUAUCGUUCGGGUCAUUACCGGCGUCAUCCAGGAUCGCGACAACAAUUCUUACGACCGUGUCACCAUCGUUUAUGUCGUUCUCGCUGGGGUAUCUGUCGCGGUCUCAUUGGGAUUGUCUGUCGCCUCGUGGAAAUUCGUCGACCUUAGGCAGCUGCAGUGGUCGCGCAAGCUGCGCAUUGCCCGAGGAGAUGUGCUCCAUGAGAGAAGACGAAGGUUUGAAGCGGGAGAGGGAAAGAGCAGGCCAAUAUCGAAGGCAUGUUUGGUGGCUCUGGUGGUAUUUGUGCUGGGUGGAUGGUCCGCGUAUUUCUGGGGAGUUGCAACCGGGAGGAACGAGUAGCUAUUACUAUACGCCCCUUUACACAGCUACGCAUCCUGGACCGUUUGAA